AUGCCGCCCGAGCAAAUCAGCCUGCAGCAGCCGCGCCGGACCGAGGCGCCGCCCGAGCAAGCGCCGCUUGGGCGGGGCGGUGCAAGCAGCAGCACGGGCGGUGCAAGCAGCAGCACGGGCGGUGCAAGCAGCAGCACCUCCGAGCCGUCGGCAGCCCAGCCGGCCGUCCACGCCGACUUCGCCACGCACACCCUCGGCUUGGCGAGGAGGCUGGUGGCGGAGAAGGUGUGCGGCGGUCCCGCCGGAAGCGAGGAGCAGGGCGAGGCGGCGAGGUUGGCCGCCAGGCUGCAGAGCGCGCUUCACGCUCGCAUGCGGCAGCGGCACACGCUGGGGGGGCAACGCCCGCCGCUUCGGAGCGCAUACGAUGCGGCCGAGGAGAGCCUCGCUGCCGUGUUUCGCGACGUGGUGCGAAAGGGGCUCGCAGCGCUCGAGUCGGAGCAGCACGCCCCGUGA